AUGAGGCAGGUGGUUUCGCCCAAGAGCAAGCUCGACCCGUUGCGAAAGAAGGAACGCGAGGAGAAGGAGAAGAACCGACAGGGCGACAGAGGCCUCAAUCGCGGCGAGCGCCAGAGGCUUCCCAGCGCGGUUCCUGUGGAGGUGGAGCCAGAGAUGAUGCAGAGGACUCCUGCCACACCCCUGAAGCUGCCUCCCACGCCCCAGCCCAACCAGCCCAACCAGCCCAACCCCCGUGACCGCGCUGUGAAUCUCGCACGGCGCAUGAGCGGUGCCCGUGCAGAGGAGGUGGAUGCCUCGGCUGCGGCGUUGCCAAUCGCUUCUACCCCCUCGCAGCUGGGAAAGGAGGGUCCACACUGCGACCUGCCUGAGCCAAGCCAGUGGCGAAGAGGUGCUUUGAUUGCAAGCGUUGAUGAUUGUCUGGACAGACUGUACACAGAACUGGUUCCGGCGGAAGAUGUUGCCCGAAUGAGAGUGAUAUUUUCCCGCUAUGCGAAAUCUGGCUUCGAGCUGAGCAAGGACGACUUGCCAGAGGUUUUGCGACGUCUUCACUUUUUUCUUGUUGCAGCUGAUAAAUGCCAGCAGAUCGCCAAAGAGGUUACCAGCUUCGAUGUCAUGGACUUUAACGAUUUUCAGGAUUUCUACGAGCGCUUUGCUUCGUAUGAACGUCAAGCUAUCCAGAUGAAGCUGAAGAGGUACCGCCCCAUGCCUCCGUCGAAGUUUGCUCCUCCGCCGACCGACCAUGAAAAGGAAUCACAGGCGCUGCAACACCUGCGGAGCCUGUUGCGAGGCUUUGGUGUGGUUUGCAGACAGUCGUCUCUUUCAGAGAUCCGGGACAUGGGGGGCUUGAAGCUUAGCCAAUGCGAUAAUGCCACGGCCCUGAAUCGUUUCCUGGCAGCUUUCCGUGCCGGUGAAGGAUUUACCAUGGGCGAAGUGGACACACUGCUGAAAAUCUUUGACGAGUGUGAAAGCGACUUGGUAAACCUCGGCCCGGAGGGGCGCAUAAUCAAAGUGUCCGAGCUUUCAAAGGGCUUGCUGAACUUUGGCGGCCUGUACUGCGUAGAUCAUCUGCAUGCCCUGAUGGCACAGCUGGACGGGGUGUUCAAAGAGCGCGGGCAUGGCAUCUGCCUGUUCGAGUUCUUGGUCUAUGCUCGCGAGCUGCGGCAAAUGGAGCUCAAAGAGGUGGCAGAUCAUUUUGCCGCCUUGGAUCUGGACAAGGACGGGUUCAUCCGUGGUUCCGACUUGCAGGCGCUUAUGCAGCCCCUGGGCUUCACGCUCCUUUCGAAAGAGCUCCGUGAGCUGCAGGCAGCCAGAUCCAUCGCAGUGGAUACCAAGAUUGAUUUCGACACCGCCUUGGACUUCGUAGUUCACGUGCGCCAGAGGCAUGGCUUCACCGAGGCCGAGACGCAGGAGUGUCUAGCAACCUUUGAGCGCUUCUCGCGUGGUUCUGGCGAGAUGCCCACGCUGCAGGUCAUGGAGCUGCUGCAGUGGAUGGGCUUCAAAAAUCGUGUCGAAGAUGUCCGGAAGAUGGUUCAGCAGGUGGACUUCAAUGCCAAUGGUACCAUGGACUCUGUGGAGUACCUACGUCUCAUGCGCCUGCAGAAAGAGUCCAAACUUGCAUCAUAUCGCAAGAUCUACGAGGCCAAGGGCCUCGAGAAGACGGAGCUUACAGCAGCACUCUUUACCGAGGCCUUGGGCGAGGCGCAGCUGCAUGCUCCACCCAGAAUUUUGGACGACAUCUUCAGCAAGCUGCUUGCUGAAGCCAGUGUUUCUGCAGGAGUCUCCUGGGAGACCUGGGUGGCCGUGGCGGAACACACCAGGAAGCUGAUCCCUGUUGAGAACCGGAAGCAGGCAACAUUCAGUGACGCGGAGCUUGAACAACUGAGGACAGCUUUCAAUCUUCAGGGUGCUGCAAAUGGCCAUGUCUCGAUGGGUGAGCUCCUCUGGAUGCUCUCGGAGUCUGGAAUGCCGGUCAACAAGGCUAGCGGAAGACGUGAUCUGUACACAAGCUUGGACAAGGCUAGAAGAGUGGCCUUGGAGUCUGGAGUUCCUCUAGAGGCCGUCGGCCGUCCCGGCAGCCCUCAUGUGCGCUUUUACCCAGUGGUCCAUCUAGUUCGGGCCUUCAUCCGAAAUCAAGAACAGAAGACCUACGAGCGCGAAGAAGCCGCUAUGAGGGCGGUUCGUUUCUCCUCUGCCGAGAUCAUGGAGCUUCGGACUCUUUUCGAGAAAGAGGCCAAAGAAUCGCAGCGGGAACUUUGGGGAGAGGAUGAGCAACAGACGACGAGGCAGAGCCUUGGCGCCGUGGUGCGAUUGCUGUGCCAAGAAGCUCGUGUUCCGAUAAAUCGAGUCAUCCUGUUCACAUCCCGGAUCGGCGCGCGGAUCAAGAUUUCACAGAAAGAGGAGCUGUACACCAAAAUCCGCGAGAUAAGUGCCUUUGAUCCAGGAGAUGUGCAGCGGGGAAUCGACUUCCCCAGCUUUCUACAGCUCAUGCAGUGGAUGGUGGACUGCAACUUUGGGGACAUUAACUCAGCUGCUGAGAGAGCUCUCAACAGGUGA